AUGGAAACGGCUUCUCUUAUCUCCCGCUUUAAAGCCGCAGAGCCGUAUGUAACAGUGAGUGGAGUCACUAAGGAGGAUGUUGAGAAGCGAUUUCUUUUUGUUGAAGCUGCACUUAGAGUGGUAUCAUACUUGUCUCUGCCUUACUCUGCAUUGAACACUUUCUCCAUUGUUCCAACUCCUCUGAGAGACUAG